UGCGUCCAUCCGCGCAUGCGCAGUCGCUUCUGCGUUCCAACGAUAUCAUACGCGCUCUCAGCCUCUUCAGCACCGCUCCAGUAUCCCGAGUGCACGCGCAGCUAUCCAGGAUCAUUGUCACUUUAAAAAAAGCAAUCAGCCAUGGGGAAAGAGAAGCUCCACAUCAACAUUGUUGUCAUCGGUCAUGUGGACUCAGGGAAGUCCACUACGACUGGCCACCUCAUCUACAAGUGUGGUGGGAUUGACAAGCGAACCAUUGAGAAGUUUGAAAAAGAGGCUGCAGAGAUGGGUAAAGGCUCUUUUAAAUACGCCUGGGUGCUGGACAAACUCAAGGCAGAGCGGGAAAGAGGAAUCACCAUUGACAUUUCCCUGUGGAAGUUUGAGACCAGCAAGUACUAUGUCACUAUUAUUGAUGCUCCAGGACACAGGGACUUCAUCAAAAACAUGAUCACUGGGACCUCCCAGGCGGACUGUGCCGUGCUGAUUGUGGCGGCUGGUGUUGGAGAGUUCGAGGCUGGGAUCUCCAAAAACGGCCAGACACGAGAACAUGCUCUUCUGGCAUACACAUUGGGUGUUAAGCAGCUGAUUGUAGGUGUCAACAAGAUGGAUUCCACCGAACCAGUUUACAGCCAGAAGCGUUAUGAGGAGAUUGUGAAAGAAGUCAGCACCUACAUCAAGAAGAUUGGCUAUAAUCCUGAUACCGUGGCAUUCGUGCCCAUCUCCGGGUGGAAUGGAGAUAAUAUGCUUGAAGCAAGUCCCAAUAUGUCAUGGUUCAAAGGUUGGAAGAUCACCAGGAAAGAAGGGAAUGCAUCUGGAACUACUCUCUUGGAGGCUCUGGAUGCUAUCCAGCCUCCAACACGUCCCACUGACAAACCCCUCCGCUUGCCCCUUCAGGACGUCUAUAAGAUUGGAGGCAUUGGAACCGUCCCUGUGGGCCGUGUGGAAACUGGCAUUUUGAAGCCAGGUAUGGUAGUGACCUUCGCACCCGUCAACGUGACAACUGAGGUCAAGUCUGUGGAAAUGCAUCACGAAGCGCUCUCCGAGGCCUUGCCUGGAGACAACGUUGGCUUUAACGUCAAGAACGUUUCCGUCAAGGACAUCCGUCGUGGCAACGUUGCUGGAGACAGCAAAAACGACCCACCCCAGGAGGCAGCCAACUUUACGGCUCAAGUGAUCAUCUUGAACCAUCCAGGGCAGAUCAGUGCUGGCUACGCUCCUGUGCUGGAUUGCCACACUGCUCACAUCGCCUGCAAGUUUGCAGAGCUGAAGGAGAAGAUCGACCGUCGCUCUGGGAAAAAGCUUGAGGAUAAUCCCAAGAGCCUCAAGUCAGGUGAUGCAGCCAUUGUUGAAAUGGUUCCUGGGAAGCCCAUGUGCGUGGAGAGCUUUUCGGAGUACCCUCCUCUGGGUCGCUUUGCUGUGCGUGACAUGCGUCAGACGGUUGCGGUGGGAGUGAUCAAGGGAGUUGAGAAGAAGACCCCGACGAGCGGAAAGGUCACCAAAUCUGCUCAGAAAGCCCAGAAGGCCAAAUGAAUGUUGUGCUUGACUGCCAACUCCAGAGACACAUAUGGAAAAGCAGUGGCCAUCCAACUCUUUUAUCCGAUUGGCUGCUUAGGUUCUAUAAUCAGAGACUGCUUUAUUGUUCCAAUGCAUCGCAAAAGUAUAAGGAGGAAAAAAUACUUAAAGCAAUCCUUAAAUUACUUUCCAUUUGUAUGUUGACCAACACAUCAAAACACAUUUUUUUUAAAUUAGUGGUUUUAAUGGAUGGCUGUUAAAACCAUAUGUGAUUUUAAAAUCAUUAGAGGUCUAACCUCUAUUGCUCUGGAGUGCAGUUUUAGUUCUCAAUGUGUUGUCUUUGCUUGUUUUAGUGAUUGUUUGAAAAAUACCAUGUGUGUUCUGUAUCCACUGGUGAUAAGCUACUCUAAAGAUCAUAUUUAGUAGACGUUAAAACGUGUAUGUUUAGCUUUGCAGAACAACCUAAAUGUAAAACGAAGCGUACUAAAAUAGCCCACAUCUGGGCCAAUGCAAUUUCGUGUGCACUGACAGCUUUAUGUUUAGCACUUUGACUGGCGUAGGCUAACCCUGCACAAGCACUUGUUGACUUUAAUUGGCAUCAGCUAUUGCACCUUAUAAAACUGAAAAGCUUUCUUGUCAUAUUAAAGUUGUCUCAACCAUAA